AUUUCGAGAACAUCGUCGUCGUCGUCAAAAAUACUUUUAGUUAUAAAUCGUCAGGAUUUUGCCGAAGUUUGUUCUGGAAAUUUCCAACUUGAAGCCUAAAUAUGAGUGACAAAGAAGGCAGCAGACGGAAGACGAAGCGCAGCAGGCAUCGUUCAAGAUCCCGCUCCCAGUCGACUUCAAAGUCGCGCUCAAAAUCAAGGUCAAGAUCUCGCCAUCGGAAGUCCAAAUCCUAUUCCAGAUCUCGCUCCAGGUCACCGAUUGCUUACCGCUCAAGAUCUCGCUCUAGAGAACGUUACAAUCAUCGAAGGAGCUCCUAUGGCCGAGACCGCGGCUCCUAUCGUCGUAGAUCACCAUCGUACAAUUAUAACAGGUCUCGUUAUCGAUCUCCGUCUCGCAGCCCAAAACGGAGCUAUGGUCAUGGAGGAAGACGCAAUCGCAGCACUUCACCAUUGUCCGACAGACGACGUCAUCAGGGAAACAGAGAUAACCCAGCUGAGAACCACUGCAUUGGUGUCUUUGGCUUGAGUCUGUACACCACAGAGCGAGAUCUUAGAGAUGUUUAUACCAGCUAUGGCCCACUAGAGAGCUGUAAUGUUGUCUAUGAUCAUCAGACUGGGAGAUCAAGAGGUUUUGCUUUCGUUACUUUCGAAAAUGUUGAAGACUCCAGUGAAGCCAAGAUGCGGACUGAUGGAAUGGAAAUAGAUGGUCGGAGGAUCCGUGUGGACUUUUCGAUUACAAAGCGAGCCCACACUCCUACACCAGGAAUCUACAUGGGCCAUCCAACCUACCCAGAGAAACGUGGCAGCGGCAGAGGAAGUAGUAACAAGGAACACUCCCCACAGUCAAGAUCUUAUCGUACCAAGUCAAGGUCAAACAGCCGCAGUCGCUCGAGGUCUCGAUCAAGGUCCAAGAACUAUCAACGAGGGAGAUACGUUUCACGAUCACGAUCCCGUUAAGUCCCAAAGGAGGUUUUCCACAGAUGGGAUUCUGAAGCAGUUUCUCUACAAUCACUGGUAACAAGAAACCUUCUGUGCGUCAGUCUUGCACAGAGACAAACAUUUGUUUUAGUAAGGUUUGCAUUUAUUCAACGAUGUUUCAGUUUUAAGUAAUUGAGGAUAAAUUACUGUAAAAACUUCUCGUCUCUAAAUCAGGCAUGAUUCAUGUGUAUUCUUCCUACUUUAGUCUGAUUUACGAUACUUUUGUUGCCCUUGGGAAAAAUUGGAAGAAAUGUGAUAGAAGAGCCUGAAUAGUCUUUGAAAGCCUAGACCGUGUGUCAUUGGUCAACCCUUGACCUUUUUUCAAAGGACCAAUUAUCAUGCCUGCUAAAAGGAAGGUUUAUUGUCUUAAGGUCUUGUUAUGAUUCAUCUAAACUUCAUCCUGGUUUGUUAUUAUAUGGUUUAUAAAUAGUAAGGAUGUUCAAUUUGAAAGUCUUGUUUGAAAAGGAGCUGACCUUUGCCCUUUCAAGUUAGUUGUGUGCUAUAUUGUACCUUCAGUGUUUACCCUUCAAUUUGUUAGUGACUGGCCAGCAUGACUAGUUAACUUGUCAUUUCACUAUUACGUCGGCUUUUUCAAAAGUCAAUAUUUCAAAUGAUAUAGGGAUGCUGUUCAACACUGAACUAGCCAACCGGACCACGCAGGCCCUUUUCAACACCACGGCUUUGGAUUCAGCUUAAGGCUCCGUCCUCUCGUCUGAAGCCCUGAGUGCGUACGCAAAGCAAGUGCAAUUGUCAAAAACAGCCGCGGGGCAAAGCUAGCCUGAGCCGAAUCCAAACCCAAAGCCGUGGUAUCGACAAGGGCCUAAGAGUGAAUUUUGACUGGUCUUUGGGUGUUGUAAUUGACAUUUAACUGACGGAUCACUUUUAAGGGAUCACUGAUAGUUACACAUUGUGUGCAUUAUUUUUAUGAAACUAGUGGUAGUAGUUUCUUUUCUUUUUUUAGAGCAGAACUGUUGAUGAGUUUUAACAUUGUUGGUGUCAAAAAUACCGAGAAGAAAACUAGAUUUUUAAAAUGAUGAUUCACAGUGUUAGUAUUCUACACAAAUAAAUGUACAUAUAUUGUCUAGAAACAAAAACAGCAGUAGUUAAAGGUACACGUUGCCCUGGAUCGGUCGGGUUGGUCUUUGUAUUCAUUUGUUAUA